AUGGUGAAGUUUUUGAAGCCCAAUAAGGCCGUCGUUGUCCUCAAUGGACGCUUUGCCGGCAGGAAGGCGGUCAUUGUUAGGCAAUUUGACGACGGCACUCGUGACCGACCUUACGGCCACUGCCUCGUUGCCGGAAUCGCAAAGUACCCAAAGAAGGUGAUUCGCAAGGAUUCAGCAAAGAAGACAGCGAAGAAGUCGCGUGUGAAGGCGUUCAUCAAGCUCGUUAACUACAACCACAUCAUGCCGACGAGGUACACCCUCGACGUAGAUCUGAAGGACGUUGUAACGGUUGAUGCACUUCAGUCACGUGACAAGAAGGUUACUGCUUGCAAGGAGAUCAAAGCACGGCUCGAGGACCGAUUCAAGACUGGAAAAAACCGUUGGUUUUUCUCGAAGCUCCGCUUCUAA